AUGGCUUCUUCAAGAACCUCCCCCCCAAAUGGCAACGAGCCAUUAGAUGCUUCAACAUCAACAUCAAGUACGAAUGCGGCAGAUCAAACUGAAUUCAGCGAUGAAUUCUCGGACGAAGCAGAAACUAUGGCAAUUCCUCAUAUAUCAGAUGAGGAUGCACAAUCCAUCAUCGGUGUAUCACUAAGUCAUGCAGCUUCGCGUUUGAAGUCUUCAAGAACACCUGCCGCAGAGAAGGCUGCAGCCAUGGACAACUUGGAAGGAGGUUAUUUUGAUAGCGACCCCGAGACUCCGCCAGCAAUGGACCCGGAAGAAGUUGGAUUAUUCAAUGAGGAGGAACUGGUAGAACCAAGGGAGACAAAGGCGGAGGGAAUGCCAUUGGAAAAAUUACCUUCGCAGAAACUUUUACCAAAACCAGAGGCUCUGCCAGCAUUGGAAAUGGAAACAAAUGAGCCAUUCGAUGAAGGGGAACUCGCAGAACCAAGAAUAACAAAAGGGAGCGGAAUGUCAUUGGGAAAACUACCAUCACCAAAACUUUCAUCCAAACCCAAUUCUCCUCUCAAAUCCCCGCCUUCGCCAUGGCGUGCUGGACCAAAGUCAAUUGUGGUGAUAGAACCACCAAAUGAUGGCCGCACAUCAUCAAUGGCUAGUGUAUUCAGCACUGGAAGGAAACGUCAGAGUUCAUUAUCUAGUGGCGCUGACGCACUCAAAAAACUUCUGCCGAAAGGGCUACCUUCAAUGUCUCAAGUGGGAAACUUAUUUAGUACAUCGACAAGUUCAAAUCAUAAAUCCCGGUCAUCAAUUAGCACGCCAAGAAGUGCCACGUUCUCCCCUUUUUCUACAUCGUCUAUGCGUUCAAAAGAUGAGGGUUCAUCGUCUACAAAUAACAGCCAGGUAAAUGAACAUCUCACAGCUCAUUACAGACUGUCACAACAUAAUGGUAGUUCGCAGCUUCAGAAUGAAGGUACACCGGACAACACAACGACAGAGCGACCAAGAGUGCUUCGUCGAGCUACAUCUGAUGAUUCAUUACUAUACCAUAGCCUAUCUCGAACCUCAUCACUAGGUGACGAUACACGAUUCGAAAACCACCGCGAGCAAGUUAACUCUCGGGUUAAAGCGAUCAGAGACUCUUUUCAAGAUCGAUCAACCUUUCGGAUGCCACAAUUGCCCAGUAUGCCAAGUAUGCCCCGCGUACCCAGUUUUGGCUUUAGCAUGAACUUCUUGAAUUCCAGCACACCGUCGUACAAAUCAAAGUCAAUUACUGAUGUACCUUCAGACAUAUUACCAACAGCUACAAAGAAGAAACUGCUCGAGCCAAGUCCCUCGUUCGCGAAAUCCGAUACGUUUUUCGGUAAUGAGAAUGCUCGGUCGUCGACGAAACCUACCAAUGCUUUAGAUCGGGCUAUGGAACAUUUGACUGGAGAUGUUGUAAUUAUGGGCGGAUAUCGAGGAUCAAUACUUCGAUCAGCAAAAGCUCCACAUCAUCAACUUUGGGUACCGGUCAAGGUAGGACUCAAUAUGCGUAAAGUGGACUUGGAAGUGGGUUUGGACCCAGAAGACGAGGAAAGAAUGGAGGAAAGCAUAUUUCCAUCCGGAAUGCUUAAGAAUAUUGGACCAGUCGAUAUAUCCAGGCGGUUGUUCAAACGGCUUCGUAAUUGUGAAAAUGCUCUGAAUGGGACACUCAAAGUAUGGGAUUAUGGUUAUGAUUGGAGGUUAAGUCCACAUCUGUUGAGUCGAAAGCUCAAAGCCUUUCUCGAAAAACUACCUUCUAAUCAGCCAGGUCCCAAUGGAGAGAAACCUACUGGUGCUUUGGUGAUUGCGCAUUCAUUGGGUGGUUUGAUCACGCGACAUGUGGUGAAUCAAAAACCUGAGCUGUUUAGUGGGGUUAUAUAUGCUGGUGUUCCGCAAUCUUGCGUGAACAUUCUAGGUCCCUUCAGAAAUGGAGAUGCUGUCCUACUAAGCUCAAGAGUUUUAACUGCUCAAGUAAAUUUCACACUAAGAACCAGUUUUGUGUUACUUCCUGAGAAUGGGGAGUGCUUUUUUGAUCUUCACACAAGAGAAAAGUAUCCUGUCGACUUUUUCAGUCUGGAUGAUUGGAUCAAAUAUCGCUGGUCUCCUGUUACAGAUCAGCCAUUACCUCCAAUUUCUCAAUCUGCUACCGGAAUUGGCAGUAUCCUUAAUCUUCAACUUCCAAACAGCUUAUCGAGUCUCACAACAAUUACCGGAAAGAAGUCCGGUUCGGGUUCAGGCUCGGGUUCAGGCUCAGGCACUAAUACUCCUCAGCCCUCUUCACCAUACCUCGGUUCUCACACUCGCAACGAAAAUGACGAUCGCAAUCAACCGAUCGAUCAGUCCAAAACGAGUCGAGCAGCAGAGGUACUUCGUGGACUGGAUGGCACAGAUCGCACUCUAGCACCUCAAAUGGGUAACUCUCUAAAUAAAGGUCAUAACCCACCGUCAUCAGUCUCAACCCUCGUAACCCUGCCCCGCGACAAAGCAAUCGCCUAUCUCCGCCGCACACUUGCCGAAACCCUGCAAUUCAAAAAAGAAUUGCAUUUUCGUCCCGAACUCUCGGAUGCUAAUCGCUACCCGCCGCUCGCAGUCAUCUAUGGAAAAUCUAUCCCGACGGUCUAUGGAGCGAAGGUCGCUGGUGUCGAAGGUAUUCCGUGCGCGGAUGUUUAUGAUAAUCUGGCCUUUGCAAGCGGUGAUGGGGUGUGUCUGGCGAGAGAAGCAAUGUUGCCUGAUGGAUAUCAGCUGGUUAAGGGUGGGAAGGUGAGGAGUGAUAGAGGGCAUGUUACAUUACUAGGGGAUUUGAAUGCGGUUGGACGGGCGAUGGAAGUGGUGAGGAAGGGGAGGGGUAAGGGUAUUGGUUUAGGGGUCUGA